ACAGAGCCGUACAACUAUCCUCGAGUCAUCUCUUAUCGCGUCUCCAUCCAACAAAAACCAAAAGAGAAACGAGAGAGAGAGAGAGAUUCACAGACUAAUCUCUUCUUUAAAAAAUGGCGAGUCAAACUGAUGACACCAUGUACGAAGAGAGUUUAAUCAAGAACACUCGAGGAAUGAAACUGUUCACGUGCAAAUGGGUACCAGCAAAUCAAGAACCAAAGGCUUUGGUCUUUAUCUGCCAUGGAUAUGCUAUGGAAUGCAGCAUCACCAUGAACAGUACUGCGAGGAGGCUUGUGAAAGCAGGAUUUGCGGUUUAUGGAAUAGAUUAUGAAGGACAUGGCAAAUCUGAUGGGCUUAGUGCUUAUGUCCCAAACUUUGACCAUCUUGUUGAUGAUGUCUCGACUCACUACACAAGCAUUUGCGAGAGAGAAGAGAACAAAGGGAAGAUGAGGUUCUUGUUAGGAGAAUCAAUGGGAGGGGCAGUGCUUUUGUUGUUACACAGAAAGAAGCCUGAAUUUUGGGAUGGGGCCAUCUUGGCUGCUCCAAUGUGUAAGAUUGCUGAAGAAAUGAAACCAAGCCCUUUGGUAAUUUCGAUAUUGACAAAACUUAGCGGAGUGAUACCUACUUGGAAGAUUAUUCCUGGCCAAGAUAUAAUUGAGAUCGCUUUCAAGCAGCCAGAAAUCAGGAAACAGGUUAGAGAAAAUCGUUACUGCUACAAAGGACGUCCACGUUUGAUGACUGCUUAUGAGCUUUUGAGGGUUAGCACCGACCUCGAGAAGAGACUCAAUGAGGUAUCUUUACCGUUCAUGGUUUUGCAUGGAGAAGAUGAUAAAGUCACGGAUAAAGCGGUGAGUGGAGAAUUGUAUCAGGUUGCUUCUAGUUGGGACAAGACUUUCAAGUUGUACCCUGGGAUGUGGCAUGGCUUACUCUAUGGGGAAACACCAGAGAAUAUCGAUAUUGUCUUUGCUGACAUUAUUGGUUGGUUGGACAAGAGAGCUUCUGAAGGGAAGGGAGGGUUUGAAUCCGAGCAACGUAGAAAUGAUGGGGCCUCUUCGAAAGAGUAGUACUAGUAGGGAUCUUUAUCAGUUAUGUAUCAAUGACACAAUCGAAUAAAAGAUUCUGUUUGUUUGUUAAAUUCUUUCUUUUCUUGAAUUCUAUUUCUGUUAAUUAGAUAAGUAAGCUUUUGUUAACUCAGACUUAAUAAUAAACAAGUGAAAGAAAUGUGAAAA